GGCCGCCGCCGCGGGGCCCUAAAGCCGCCCGGCUCAAGAGGAUGGUGCGGCUGGCGGCCGAGCUGCUGCUGCUGCUGGGGCUGCUGCUGCUCACCUUGCACAUCACCGUGCUGCGCGGCGGAGGCGAGCCCCACGCCCCCGCGGGCAACCACAGCCAGCGGCAGAACACACUGACUGCAGAGGAGCUUUCUCCUGAGGACAGCCUCACCCUGAGCCCCGAGGAGCAGCGGGAAUACCCUGAUCUCCAGGCUGCCCACCGGCCCUUCCCCAAGGAGCAGUUUCGGCCGGAGAGCACAUCCUUGCAGAGAGAUGGACCCAGGUCUUUCUUCCUGGACCUCCCAAACUUCCCUGACCUGUCCAAAGCGGAUAUCAACGGGCAGAAUCCCAACAUUCAGGUCACCAUUGAAGUGGUGGAUGGCCCCGAGACAGAGACAGAGACAGAGACAGAGACAGAGACAGAGACAGAGACAGAGACAGAGACAGAGACAGAGACAGAGACAGAGACAGAGAAGAAACUGCAGAAGGAGAGCAGCAAGCCAGGCUGGGCAGCCCCAUCACCCGACUGGAGGAGCUGGUGGCAGAGAUCCUCCACCCUGACCCGCAUGAGCAGCGGGGACCAGGACUACAAAUACGACAGCACCACCGAGGACAGCAACUUCCUGAACCCCCUCCCUGGGUGGGAUGGCCAUGCCCCCAGCCACAGGACAUUGGGGUCCAAGGAGCAGCCUGAGUACGAUUACAUGGAUGGGGAGGGUGACUGGAGCCCCUGGUCCCUGUGCAGCGUCACCUGCGGUAGCGGAAACCAGAAGCGCACGAGGUCCUGCGGCUACGCCUGCACAGCCACCGAGUCCCGCACCUGUGACAGGCCCAACUGCCCAGGGAUCGAAGACACCUUCAGGACAGCUGCCACCGAAGUGAGUUUGCUGGCAGGGAGCGAGGACUUCAACGCCACCAAGCUAUUUGAAGUUGAUACCGAUAGCUGUGAGAGAUGGAUGAGCUGCAAGAGCGAGUUCCUGAAGAAAUACAUGCACAAAGUGGUCAACGACCUGCCCAGCUGCCCCUGCUCCUACCCCAGAGAAGUUGCCUACAGCACUGCCGAAAUCUACGACCGGCCAAAGAGGAAAAGCUUCCGCUGGAAGGAUGCCAGUGGUCCAAAGGAAAAGCUGGAGAUCUACAAGCCCACAGCUCAGUACUGCAUUCGCUCCAUGCUGUCCCUGGAGAGCACAACCCUGGCAGCACAGCACUGCUGCUAUGAUGACAACAUGCAGCUGAUCACCAGGGGCAAAGGAGCAGGGACACCCAACCUGAUCAGCAUUGAGUUCUCGGCAGAGCUGCACUACAAAGUGGACAUCCUGCCCUGGAUCAUAUGCAAGGGGGACUGGAGCCGCUACAACGAAGCCCGGCCCCCCAACAACGGGCACAAGUGCACAGAAAACCCCUCAGAUGAAGACUACUACAAGCAGUUUCAAGAAGCAAGGGAAUACUGAGGAGAUUUUUUUCCUUUUCUUCAGGUGAUGUAAAAUAGCAUUCGUUUCCUGGAUGCCAAAGAACUGGUGGUGCCUGCUGCAUUGGCUCCUCAACAGGAGGACAGUUACUUUUUGAUGAAUGUAUAUAGUUGUAAUAUAGUACAUAAGUAUUUUUCACAGUGUGUGUAAUUUAUAAGCACAUAUCUCUCUGUCUCACACACACCUAUUUUUGCAUACAGACAUACAUAAGUCUCAUCCUGGUAGGAUUUUAUACUGCAAUAACAUUCAUGUAAUAAUGUGCAUUUCAUUUUACUUCCCAUCUGUAGCAUAAUGGAGGGGAUGGGGGGUAGCUGCCAUCACCAUCAGGCCCCAAGGCCCCAGCUGAGGAGGCACAUAUUUAAAAGUUGUUAUAAACAAUAGGAUUGAAGAAUGUACUCUUCCAUAUGGGAAUGGUUUACAAGAUUAAUGCACCUACAGCAUCAGUUUUCUCUAUAAUUGGUUUCAUGACUAGUCAUAUCUAAGGAGGGAAGAAUUUCUUUUUUUUUUUUUUUCGGAAGGGUAAUAGUCAAAAGUGAAUAUAGAAAAUCUCUAGCAAUUUUUCUCUUGGAAUUCUUCCUGUUACCUUCAACUCAGGUCUUUGCAGUCCAGCUGGGGCAGGCAUGCAGGAAGAUGUAGCUGUGAUUUUCCUACAGGCCAGAUGAUGUCCUGGUGCAGUGGUUCUGCAAGAAUUACAAACAACCCCCUCCUGGAAACAUCUCUGACAAAGAGCUGCAGCUGUUGGGGCUUACAUCUCCAGAGCUACCUGUGAGCUGAGCAUGCUGCAAGCCUUUGGAGGAGUGAGGGCAGAGAAGGAAUCCAUGUCAAAGGACCAAAAGGAUCACAGUUCCUUCCCAGUUUUUAACAUGAAGAAUGUUUGGGUCUGCUUGUUUCUUUCUUUCCAGAGAAAGGAAUAAGUUUAUUAUUUAGAGAACAUUAUUUUAGAAAAGUGGAAUCAAUGAGUUCCCUGGAAUAAAAGAUGCAACCAGCCCUUUCCCCCCAUUUUUCUCAUGCUGAGUGCACAGUGUCCUACAGAAGUAGCUAUUCUUUAAGGGAAGUUUUCUGGGAGGAAUUACUGGUGUCUUUAAAUGUCUUCGUUUUUUAAAAAAGCUAGCAUUAUUUUUGUAAAGUAUUUAUUGAAUUGUAACAAUGAUUCACAUGUGGGAUAUAUCUUUAACAUGAAAGGCUUCUGUAGAUGGAAUUUGAUUUCCAAGAACACAAAUGUUGUUAGGCAAAGGUUUUAUUUCCAAAUUUUUAUAAAGUGCAAGUUUACAUACAUAAUCCUGUCAUAAAGCAGCUCAUAUCUGCAUUCUGAUGAAAGACAAGAGUUACACCCUGGGUAAAUAAAUACUUACAGUUCCAUCCUGUGAAAGACUGCCUUGCUGCAAGUCGGUGCGUUCAUUUGGAAGGCUAAAUGUCACUAGAGAAAUGCCUGCUUCGGGGUUAUGUGGUCUGACACAUGUGGAACCUAACACUGUGCUACAGCCAACCAGCAUCACAGUCUGAGAUCAAAAGUUCAACACAGACCAAAAGGCAAUUCCCUCUGCUAUAUACAGACACACACAGAUUAUAUUUAAGGUCCUUUCCAACCCAAACCCUUCUGUGGAAUCCUGUAAAUCUUUUCUGUGUCUCUCAGGUCUGGUUGAUCGGACAGACACGUGUGUGGUGCCCCUGGCAUUGACAACAACCCCACUGGACUGGGCAGGACGAGUGCUGGUGUGCCCAGGUGGUGCAAACUAGGGCUUCAAAGGCAGCCUGGACUGUGCACACCCAGUCUGACCCAUGCUGGAGGCUCUGCACUGUGCUCCAUGUCUCCAGAAACACAGCAGUCUGGGCAGAACUGAUGCCUGGAAAGGCUGACCUGGAACAGAGACU